GCAACGUCGCGCGUCGCCAGUGGCGCAGGCGCAGCGCUGCGCGCGGGCCAAGAUGGCGGCCGGGAGCUCGGCGCGCUGGCUCGGAGUGGCCGCCGCCGCCGGCAGGAGCCGCGGGCGGGACGGGCGGCUGCCGCUCGUCUGGCUGGUGCGGGGGCUCAGCGUCCCGCCGCCUGCCGUCGCCGCCUCGGCCCGCGCCGCCCGCCGCCUCCUGCCGCUGCGCACCGGGCUCUGCGCCGUGGGCACGAAGCGCGUUGCCGCCGCCGCCUUCCACAGCAGCGCCGCGGGCCGCGCCAAGGAGGACUAUUACCAGGUGCUGGGGGUGCCCCGCUCCGCCACCCAGAAGGAGAUCAAGAAGGCCUAUUACCAGCUGGCAAAGAAAUACCACCCUGAUACAAAUAAAGAUGACCCUAAAGCCAAAGAGAAGUUCUCUCAGCUGGCAGAAGCCUAUGAGGUCUUAAGUGAUGAAGUGAAACGGAAACAGUAUGAUGCGUAUGGCACGGCUAGCUUUGAUCCUGGCGCAGCGGGUGCUGGCGCAGGGCGGCAGUACUGGAGCACCGGUCCGUCGAUUGAUCCAGAAGAGCUGUUCAAAAAAAUCUUCGGAGAGUUUUCGGGAUCCCCUUUUGGUGAUUUUCAGAGUGUCUUUGACCAGCCACAGGAGUAUAUCAUGGAACUGACGUUCACCCAAGCUGCAAAAGGUGUUAACAAAGAGAUUGUGGUGAACAUCAACGACUCCUGUGAGAGAUGCCAUGGUAAAGGACACGAGCCUGGUACCAAAGCACAGCGCUGUCACUACUGCAGUGGCACUGGCAUGGAGACAAUAAAUACCGGCCCUUUUGUAAUGCGCUCUACCUGCCGACGAUGCGGCGGUCGUGGUACCAUCAUAACAACUCCAUGCGUGGUAUGUCGAGGAACAGGACAAACCAAACAAAAGAAGACAGUGAUGGUUCCUGUACCAGCUGGUGUUGAGGAUGGGCAGACAGUUCGGAUGCCUGUGGGGAAGAAGGAAAUUUUCAUUACAUUCAGGGUUCAGAAGAGUUCUGUGUUCAGAAGAAACGGAGCAGAUAUCCAUUCAGACCUCCUCAUUUCAGUAGCACAGGCUGUUCUGGGAGGCACAGCCAGAUGUCAAGGCCUGUAUGAGACAAUCAAUAUCACAAUACCCCCUGGUAUUCAGCCAGACCAGAGAAUUCGAAUGAGUGGGAAAGGCAUUCCCAAAGUUAACAGUUAUGGCUACGGAGACCACUACAUUCACAUAAAGAUAAAAAUUCCUCAGAGGCUGACAGAUCGCCAGAGAGCCCUGAUGAUGAGCUAUGCUGAGGAUGAGACAGAUGUGGAGGGCACGGUGAACGGGGUCACAAAUACAGCAUCAGGGAAGCGUUCUACUGGAAGCUAGGAGCCAGCAGCAAUUGUCUUUGCAGUUGGGGAUGAAUGUUUCUGGCAGCGGGCACAAGAGAGUGAAGAAUGUCUGUCAACAGCAACGUGAGAAUCCCAGCUGGAGAGGCUACAAACUACUGAGGCACCAACGCUGAUCACGAUACAAACCCACCCACCGUCCUAGGGAAUGGUAAUGAAGGAAAAUACCAGCUUUGCAGAAACAGAUCUCUCUCAAGGUUGCUCCACAGUCCUUACCGCUGCUGGAAGCUUAUUUCAUAAAAAUUAAAGUUGAAAUAUUAUUUAGAAUCUAAACCAGUGGAAAUGUGAAAUGAAAAUUGUCCUUCUGGCACGGAGCAGAGCAGUUUGCUGUAGGGACUCCAGUAUGGCUGCUGCUCGCUCACUGAGGUGUCCCUCUUAAUGCUAGAUGUGCUUGGUGAACUUGUCACCGCUUAUUUUCUCCUGGGAGGCUUGGUGCGUCAGUGGGUUUUAACCGUCUUCACGACAGCUCUCCGGGCUGCCCCGCACAUCUCAGAGGGGGAAGUCUCCCCAGGGCUGGGAGCGGUCAGAGCCCCGGCUCCCUCCGCAGCCCUGGGGCUUCUUAGUCCUGCUGAUCUCCUGCACAAAGAGCAGAGAUGGAAUCUGCACUUUGCCUCAGGUUUCCCUUUUCCACCCAAAUUAACUAGAGUUACAACACAAAUGCUGUCACUUCUGAAUGGGUACAAGUUAAUCACCAAACCCUUUGCAAGUUUGGGACAAAGUAUUUUAUUACAUUAACACAACAGCUGUAGCAUAAAGGAUUGGUCAAAGAGUUAUUGUUCCUGCAUGUGUGAGAAUACAAGUGGAUCACUCCUUCCAGGUGGAGUUGAGCUCUUGCAGUGAGUAUUUUCAUGGUUACUGUAGCCCGCUGUUAGUUAUACUGUGCAGGUACCAUCAGCCCACAUACUAAUUGACAAGUUAAACAAGGACAUGUCGUAGUCUUGCCCUUCUUAAUUUGCUGAAAUAAAGCACGUGUUGCCUCCUGAUUAAACUGUCUGUAAAGUGAUUCUGUAUUCAUGUAAAUAAGAUUGACUUCAUAAAGAUAUUUAACACAU